UCGCAAUGUAAAAGUAAUGAUUAUUAUUAUUCUGAUAAAUGUAAUUGUUGCAUCGGGUGAUUUAUUAACCAUGCAUCAGUAUAUUAGAAUCAAUAAACCGAUAUACCCAAACAAUUUCUCUUUUUUUUCUUUCUUUCCAAUUAUGUCAAAUCCUUUUGAAUACAUUCGCAAUAGAGUACAACAACACAACAUUAAUCAACUUGCAAGAAUUUGUAACCAAGUAUCAAAAAAAUUUAGUGAUAUGCCUGCCAUUGUAAUCCAGUGGAAUAACGGCGGUUUUAAUGAUGUGCCCAUAUCACCCAAUAAUCGAAACGGUAUUGCUGGACAGAACAAAAAUGCAAUAAUCAACUUUUUGACAGCAAAUGGAGCAGUAAAUUAUCAUGAUACCGUUUUCUUGUUUAGAGAUGGUCCAGCACUUGCCACAUGUGAACAUAAUCUACCUCAAUGGGUCCGUCAUCAGACUGCAAUUCCUGAUGUAUGUACCGCAGCAAUUAGAGUUAAUUGUAUAACUGUCAAAGGUUUAUGUGGUGGAAGUCGAAUUGAAUUUGAACCUUUUGAUCAAGCGUUUAAUAGAUAAUUGUAACAUGAAAGGAUCAUAAAGAUGUAUUACAUUAUUAAUAUAUAAUUUCGUCAAAGCUAUAACAAAAUUUAUUUGCAUUAACAUCUUUAUGAGCUUAAAUAUAAAAAAACAAUAUUUUUUACAAUCUAAAUUUUCAAAUAUAGAGUAAACUUUAAAUGAUCAGAUGCGAUU